AUGUCUGUCGAGGAAGCAGUCACGGAAGCACUUCAGACGCCAGUGGAUCAGAAUGCGCAAGCCGCAGAAGAGGCCAAGAAGAUGCUAGCUGAGCUGGAAGAUGGUGCUACCACCAAAGAUAAGCCUGAGCAAACCAAUGGCACUGCGGAGUCGAAAUCAGCUGAAGUAGAAGCUCCCAGAGAAUCGGAGAGCGUCGCCGAGAAGGCGAGUGCAGAUGAGGGAGAAGCUGCGAAGGAGUUGGACAGCACUGCAGCAAAAGAGACCACGGACGAGAAGGAUGCUACCGGUGACAAUGUCGAGCAUCGCGAUCGUGGCCGAUCAGACCACAAUAGUCGGGGUCGGGGUCGAGGACGAGGCGGUCACAACAACAACAAUUCUCGGAAUUAUCGCGACAACAUCAAGUCCGAUGUCACGACGCAAGAGGAGACCGAUGACCCGGUCGCCAUCCGGAAACAGGUGGAAUUCUACUUCUCCGACUCCAACCUUCCGAAGGACAAAUUCCUCUUUGCGCAGACUGGUGGUGUUGCGAACAACCCGGUCGACCUGCGAGAAAUCCACAAAUUCAAGCGCAUGCGCCGCUUUCAGCCCUUCGAGGCUAUCGUCGAGGCUCUGCGAGAGUCCCAGACGCUCGAACUUACCAACGAUGACACCCACGUGCGCCGGAAAAAUCCACUCCCAGAAAACUUCUUCGAGGCUGUUUCGCAAGCAGCUGACCCCCGAACCGUGUAUGUGAAGGGAUUCGGCGAGGAGAACGCAAGUACCCAAUUUGACAUUGAGGCAUUUUUUGAUCCAUAUGGCCCUACUCGCGCGGUUCGUUUGAGACGGAACGACGAGAAGUUCUUCAAAGGCAGUGUCUUUGUUGAGUUCGAGACUGAGGAGCUGGCACAGUCAUUUCUGGCGCUGGAUCCCAAACCGAAGUACCAAGGCCGGGAUCUCCUCAUCAUGAGCAAGACCGAGUACACCGCUAAGAAGACGGCGGAUCUCAAUGCGGGCAAGAUCACGUCCAACAGGGGAGGCCGACGAGAUCGCCAGAGCCAUCGCGGCGGCCGAGACGGAGGCAAGCGUAAGCGUGACGAAGAUACCCGAGAUUGGCGAACCCGUCGGGACGAAGAUCAGAAGCGUGGAUUCCGAGACAACAAGCGGCGGGGAGACCGCAACGGUCGCGAUUCUCGAGGCAACAGAACCAAGGAGCCAGAAACAGACGACAGGCAAGUUGAUAUCCACUGUUUGUUCUGGGAGAUUUACAGGGACUGA